AUGUCUCGUUACAAUAACUACAGUAAUACCAAGGAAGAUCCAAUCACUCUACAUUCAUCUCGACUGGUUUCUUAUAUGAAUGGCCAUCCGCAAACUCUCUUAGGUUAUGCUAAGUAUUAUGGCGACUCUCGAACUGCGAUGCAUGCGAAAAUGAUUGAUAUCGAUUCAUCCGGGAUCGUUUUAGACGUGACAAUGGAAGAUGGGCAACAGGAGGAAAUACACGUGAAGUUUAAAACACCAUUGCGAGGAUAUGAGGAAGUGCGUCCAGUUUUGGAGGAGAUGGCGAAAGAGGCGGAAACCGCUUUGGGUCUGCCAAGCACGCGACCUCCAUCAACAACAGCACCUUCUGAUCCAUCUAAACACACGCCAUAUGUUCUUCCAAGUCUCAUACCAUUACUAGUCGGUUUAUCUCUCAUACUGUUCGUAUUGUGUCUCGAUCUCUUCCCCGAAUACCUUCCUUCAUUUAUCGCUCCUUUGCGGGAAGCUCUUGGCCCGGACUUGUGCCGUGCAAUAACAUAUUUCACGUUUACUGUACGUUCAGUAGAAACGAUAUUUAUAACAAAUGUUUUAAGAGAACGGGGAGAGCCAGAUCCGGUGACCUUUGCCAUGUGGAUAGUGAGUUCUUUGCUGUUUGGCUAUUUUGGCAGCUACAGGUUGUUCGAGGAAGGAAAGGAUAAGGCGAACAAAGCGGAAUAA